CAAAAAUGUAUAAAACAUCAUUUACAAUCAUCAGAAAAGUGGUUGUGAAUGUAGGUAGUUGGGAGAUGGGACGACUGGUAUAAGAAUAACCGACUCACCUCUUUGGAAGAUGCUGUAUGUAGGCUAAUUUUCUUUUUGGAAGAUGGUUAAACUGUGUGGAUUAAUAUAAAAUGUGAAUGUUUCGACAUACGGAACCGUUUUAGGAACUUUGGCGAACGGAUAUUUUUUUUGUGUGGAAACAAUCUAACUACGGUAUUCCAGUGAAGGAUUAUGGGUAGUUUUAAGGGCCAUGCAUUGCCAGGUAGUUUCUUCCUGAUCGCGGGUCUCUGGUGGGCAGGAAAGUACUCUCUAUGGUAUGCCACCCUCAGGAACAAGAGUCUGGGCUCCACCUCCACCCGCCUGGCCAGCCGAUCCACACAGCGCCGCCUGGAAGUCAUGGAGGGAUCAGUCACCCUCUUCUUCUCCGUGGUUGGGAUGCUGGCAGAGCAGUUUGUAGCAGAUGGACCACGGCUGCACCUGUAUGACUACAGCGAGCAUCACUGGGACAGACUCCAUAACUGGCAGCACUCCACCAUGUACCUCUUCUUUGGCUUGGCUGGAGCCAUGUCUCUGAUUGUACACACCACCGACGCUGCUCCACUGGCCCUCGACAGACUAAUGCUGGCCAUCGCCUUCUUCAUAGAAGGGUUCCUUUUCCUGUACCACCUCCACGGCAGAGCCAUGCUGGAUGUCCAUGUUCACCAGCUGCUGCUGUUCUGUGUGUUUGGAGAGGCCAUGGUGUCCUUUCUGGAGGUGUUCCACAGAGGAAACAUGCUGCUGGAGCUUCUGAGAGCAUCACUCACCAUCCUGCAGGGGAGCUGGUUCUGGCAGAUUGGAUUUGUCCUGUAUUCCCCCAGCGGUGCAGACUGGGACCAGAAGGACCAUAACAACAUGAUGUUUAUCACUAUGUGUUAUUGCUGGCACUUGGUCUUCAGCCUGCUUAUUGUGUCAGUGCUGUACUGCACCAUCAUCUGUGUGGUACGAUCCAGAUUGAAGAGAACCCCCCCAAUGGAGAUGGGACUGCUGAAACCCAGAGAGAGACAGCAGGAGUCAGAGGACGAGAUCCUAUAAGGACAACAACAACUUCCUGUUUAGCAGUCAAUCAAUCAAUCAAAUGUAUUUAUAAAGCCCUUUUUACAUCAGCAGAUGUCACAAAGUGCGAUACAGAAACCCAGCCUAAAACCCCAAACAGCAAGCAAUGCAGAUGUAGAAGCACGGUGGCUAGGACAAAUUGGUGCAACAGGUCAGGCAGGCCAGGCACCUCAGGAAUAAAUGUCAGUUGGAUUUUCAUAGCGGAUCAUUCAGAGUUAAGAGAAAGCAGGUGCAGCAGAGAGAGUCGAAACAGCAGGUCUGGGACAUGUAGCACAUCCAGUGUACAGGUCAGGUUUCCAUAGCCACAGGCAGAACAGUUGAAACUGGAGCAGCAGCACGACCAGGUGGACUGGGGACAGCAAGGAGUCAUCAGGCCAGGUAGUCCUGAGGCAUGGUCCUAGGGCUCAGGUCCUCCAAGAGAAGAGAGAAUUAGAGGGAGCAUACGGACACCAGAUAAGACAGGGGAAGUACUCCAGAUAUAAGACUGACCCUAACCCCUCGACACAAACUAUUUCAGCAUAAAUACUGGAGGCUGCGACAGGAGGGUUCAGGAGACACUGUGGCCCCAUUCGAGGACAUGAAAUUGAAAUUUUUCAGUUAGCUUACUAGCUAGUUUCAACUGUUUUACUGGUAGUAACCAUAGCAACAUGGCUACUGAGGCAACCCACCCAAUCCUUACGUCACCUAUUAACGUCCCAUGCUGACCCUAGACCAAUUGGUUAUCUGAUCAGGGUUUGACUUCAGGAAACCCAUCAACCCAGUUCUGCAAGGUCCCAGUCUCUCUCCCUAUCCACAGUAGCUGCCUCUCCUCCCCAGCCACUGCAGAGGAAGAGAUACUGACAUUGUUUUAAUAAUAAAGAAGUCACACAGCAGUAGCUAUAGGACAGUUUCUCUUCUUACUUUAUAAGAUGUCAUCAUGGGGUGGCAGGGUAGUCUGGUGGUUAGAACGUUGGACUAGCAACCGCAAGGUUGUAAGUUCAAAUCCCCGAGCUGACAAGGUUCAAAUCUGUCGUUCUGCCCCCGAACAGGCAGUUAACCCACUGUUCCUAGGCCGUCAUUGAAAAUAACAAUUUGUUCUUAACUGACUUGCCUAGUUAAAUAAAGGUAAAAUAAAACUCAACCUCUGCCCAAUAUCCGCACGAAGACAUUAUUACCAUCUUUAUCUUGUACACUGCUGCUACUCACUGUUUAUUUGUUACCUGUGCAGAGUCACUUCGGCCCCACCUACAUGUACAGAUUACCUCAACUAGCCUGUACCCCCACACACUGACUCGGUACCGGUGCCCCCUGUAUAUAGCCUCGUUAUUCUUAUGUUACUUUUUGUUUUAGUCUACUUGGUAAAUAUUUUCUUCUUCUUGAACUGCACUGUUGGUUAAGGGCUUGUCAGUCAGCAUUUCACGGUAAAGUCUACACUUGUUGUAUUCGGCACAUGUGGCAAAUCAAGUUUGACGUGAUGUAGCUAGCUUUGUUUAUGUCGCUAUUUAUUACACCUAACGGAUCAACUCUGAACAUCUUAACAUUCAAAUAUUGUAUUUGUUUAAUGGAACAGACAAAUGCACAAAGAUCAAAUGAAGAAUGAUAACAUAAGAAGAACAGGGUUUGGGUGUAAUAUGCCAUUUUAUCUGAAGAGUUAAAUUAUAAGACCAACCCAUGUGGACCAGACAAACAAGGAGCUUUUGCCAAACAGUCUGUAAAUCUCUGUGUAGCAGCGCCAUCCUGUGGUCAGAGUAUUCAGUACAAUGCAUGUUGUUGCGCAAUCAUGAAUUCAUAAUUCACAUAGAUUCGUGAAACAUACUUGAAACAAAAGUUCAGGUUAAGGAAUGUUUUGGCAAUAUUUUGCCUUGAAUCAGGUGUAAUAUAAUUUGUACUCUUGAUAACACUUCAUGGUGAUGAUCGUAGCCUCAGCUGUCAGGACCUAAAUAUAUUAAUAGUAAUGAAUCUGCACAAGCCAACAUCCCAUCAGAUGAUCCCUCAGUGUUUCCUCUGAUCGUUCUGUACCUUCACCUUCAGUCUUUUUAGCAGUAUUAAAUUCAAUAUAUUUAUGAAAUAUACUGUAUAUUACUUUGAGAGUUUUUGAUUUCCAUUUGCAGUUGAAUCGAAUACUGUUUUUUGAAACAGAAUGUUGCAUAUGCAUGUUUUUUAAUUCAAAUUUACAUUAAAGAAGCAUUUU